AUUGACAUAAAUACGGGUUGUCUGUCUCGUUCUUGAAGACACCGGAGGAAGCGGACGGAGACAAUGUGCACCAGGGUUCAGCCAACUGAGUGGACCACCGACCUCAAAAACCAGAAUUUUGAUGGCAUCGUCUUGAUAACUGAGAGCCACAACACCCUGCCGGCUCAGCUCAAAUGUCUGGAAGCUCCUCUGCAGGAUUUCAGCUCUGUGGACAGUGGUCUGGGGGAGGAGGUUGUGGUCCUUAAGGUUCCUGGUCUUCCUGGAAGCCGACUGGUUUUUGCCUCCACCGGACCUGUGAACCGGGACUACGAUGACGUCAGACGUUUUAGUGACGCAGCCGGCAACGCCAUCAAACGUGCCUUGAAGGCCGGCAUGCAGCGUCCCCUGCUGGUGUGCCCCCCAAACAAGGACUAUAAGAACAGCACCUUGGUGGCUGCGCUUGGGGCUCUUCACGCUCUUUACACGCCACUUGAGGUGCGGGAGGCGAACAUAAAACCUUCUGACUACAAAGUGUGUGUUCUGGGACUGUGGGCGGCUCAGGAGGCCGAUGGGAAGAGGCUGGUGGAGCUGACGGAUGCUCUGGAGAGCGGACGUCUGGUUUAUCGUGACAUCGGCGGCUCAGAUCCUGAACGGAUGGCGGCGCCUCGCGUGGCUGAAUACAUCCAAGAGCUGUUUAAGAACAGUCCUGUGAAGGUGGAAGUGAUCAGCGACCUGAAGACUCUGGAGAAAGAGUAUCCGUGUCUGGCUGCAGUCAACCGCUGUGCCAGCAGCGUUCCUCGUCAUCAGGCCAGAGUCAUCAAGCUGCAGUACUGUGGAGACGGGCCGGUCCAAAAGACCCUCAUGUUGGUGGGAAAAGGCAUCACCUACGACACGGGGGGAGCCGACAUCAAGGCGGGGGGCUUCAUGGCCGGGAUGCACAGGGACAAGUGUGGAGCUGCUGCCGUUGCUGGAUUCUUCCAGGUUUUAGCUCAUCUGAAGCCUAAACAUCUGAAGGUUGUUGGUGCGAUGACCAUGGUGAGGAACAGCGUGGGGGCAGACUGCUACGUGGCGGACGAGCUGGUGGUUUCCCGCGCCGGUCGGAGGGUCAGAGUGGGAAACACCGACGCCGAGGGCCGAAUGGUGAUGGUUGAUCUUCUCUGUGAGAUGAAGGAGAAGGCAGUACACGAGACCUCCCCUGAGCUGUUUACCAUCGCGACUUUGACCGGUCACGCCAUCAGAGCCAUGGGACCGAACUACUCCAUCAUCAUGGAUAAUGGGCCGGCCCAUCGCAGCAGGAAUGCUGCUCAGUGGCAAAAAGCUGGAGAGGUGUUGGGAGAUUUGUUUGAGAUUUCUACAAUCAGGAGAGAGGAUUAUGAGUUUCACAAAGGAAAGUCUGAGUAUGAAGACAUUCUGCAGAGCAACAACCUGCCAUCUUCAGCUACGCCUCGAGGACAUCAGGCCCCUGCAGCUUUCCUCAUCAUGGCCUCAGGCCUGGACAAGCAUGGUGUGGAUUCAAAUGCACCUCUGCCAUACUCUCACAUCGACAUCGCUGGGUCCAGUGGUCCGUUCCCCGGUGUCCCGACAGGAGCGCCCAUCCUCACCAUGGCAACAAACUACAUCCUUGCAGAUGGUCUUUAAAGAAAAAUAAUAAUAAUAAAACCCCUAAAAGAU